UGUGUCUUGGAAGUCAUUACUUCUAAACAACGUUCGCGACUAUGAGUGAAGGCGAACAGCGCGGUGGAAUUUUCCCUGCGUUCUCACAAUAUGCAACAACAUCUACAAAUGAAAAACAGACAUUAGGUCUCUUCCCUGCGUAUCAGCAAAAUGCCGCAGAACCAUCAGCCUCAGGUCAUGAUUGGUUGCACAAUCCAAGUUUCAAAGCAGAAGAUGCAUACGCUUUGCAAAUCUUACAAGAGGAAGAGGCAAAAGUGAAAACUCCACAUGAGAGCAGUUCUUCUAAUUCAGAAGAAGAAGAAGGAAAAAGUCUUACAGUGAGAGAAAGUGUUGAUGAAGGUAAAUCAAAGAAAAGACAUCAUGAUGAUGAUGAUGACAGCAGGUAUAUGGAUAGAAAGAGAAAAAAGAAAGAAAAGAAAAAAUCCAAGCAUAAACAUAAGCAUAAAAAGGAACACAAGAAACAUAAGCAUGAUAGGCCAUUAGAAUCGCCGGAUGUUUUAUUGGAUAAAGAGAGGUUCAGGAUUGAGACUGAAUCGGUUCCUCCUGGUAGCUCAGGAAAGAUAUUCAUUGAAGACAUUCCUAACCUGCUUCCUGAGCAUGCUUUCCGUGUUGACAGGAAGCCAGACAGAAACAACAUCAUGUAUGGCUCAAUAUACAAGCAACACAUUGCAAGGUCUAGGAGCAAAACUGGUAUUUUUUGCCUUGGACUUAAUAAAAAUCAGACAUUCCUCUGGGACAGUAAAAGUAGUGAGUCAAGGAAGCAUAAAGAUAAUAGAUAUUUUAGCAAUAGAAAGACACUGAAAGAUGAAGAGCAGCCUGCAAUUGACUUAUCAAAACCAAAAUUAAAGUCUGGUGCAGAUAAACCUUUUUGUGUUGAGAGUGCUGAAACCUUGCCUUAUCUCUCAGUUGAAGUCAGUCCAGUAGAAAUUUUGUGUGGGGACAAAGAAUACAACCCUCUUGGUGUUUAUGAUGAAUCUACUGCCCUCUGGGCCCAGGGAAAGGGUCUCGGUAAAACUGAAGACCUCACACCUGUCACAGUCCAGGAAGAUACUCUAGUAGAAACACAUGAGCAGUACAUUCAAAGAAGAACUGCCGAGUACAAUAAACAUACAAGAGAAAACCCAGGUGAUAUCAAGAUGUGGUUGGAAUUUGUUAACUUUCAAGAUGAGACAGUUUCCAAAGACCAGGAGCUGUUUAAACCCAGUGAGCAUGAAAAGCGGAAGAGGAGAGAGUUGUUUGUUCUUGAAAAGAAAAUCUCUAUUAUUGAAAAAGCAUUGAAAACCAACCCAGCUUCACUAGAGUUGAAAAUGAAACAGCUGGAGUUAUCUGGUCUGAUUUGGGAGGCAGAUAAAUUACAUUCUGACUGGGAGAACCUUGUGUUUCUUCAUCCCAACAAUCCCCAAUUGUGGCAGAAAUACUUAACUUUUAUUCAAUCCAGAUUUAGCACGUAUUCUACCUCAAAGACAUUAUCUGCCUUCCAUAAAGCACUUCAGGUACUGAAUGGGUUUGUGAUUGGGUCCACAAAAAGUCACCCACUCUUACCCUCCACUGAGGAACAUAUGAUAGGACUUUUCAAUGAGAUGUGUACCUUUUUGAAGCAAGCAGGCCAAAUGGAAAAAGCCAUAGCAUCUUUCCAAGCUUUAAUAGAAUUCAACCUGUGUUGUCCUGAGUCACUGAUGGCCUUGCCUCAGAAAGACAGGCUGGAUGUCUUUGAAGCAUUCUGGGACAGUGGAAUGCCUAGGUUUGGGGAGACUGGGGCCAUUGGAUGGGCAAAUUGUGUGAAAGAAAAACCUGUCCACUGUUCACCUAUGAGAUAUAAAAGUGAAGAAGAUAAUGCACUGGAAGAUGCAGUUAUGGAGAAGCAGUUGGGAAGAUGUGCCACAUGGCUGGAGUUUGAAAAGAUAAGGCAGUCAAGGCACAUGUUACCAUGGCGACCAGACGUGGAAGAAGGGGAGACUGAAGAAGACUGUGAAGAUCCAGACAGACUUGUUUUAUUUGAUGACAUUGUGCCUUGCCUGUUUGUGAUAUCUUCACAGAAACUGAAGUUCAGCUUGAUAGUCUGUUUCUUGGAUUUACUAGGAGUAAAGAAUGAGACACUGACACAAAGCUCUGUACAAACAUGCAGAGAGAGGUUCUCUUUGAAAGUUGAGAGUGCAGAAGAAAUUUUUCAGGGUGAAGAUGAAUUGUAUGGCAUGGUGUCCACAAGUGUCAAACUUGAUAAAAACUUCCAUCAAACAUUUACUAGAAACAUGUUUUCUCAAGCAUCUAAAGUCAUCUCAGGAAAUGAACAGACUUUACUUACAUUAGCAUGGGUGGAAUAUGAAAUCAGAACUGUUCUUGGGAAAGAAAAUGCCAAAGAACGAAAGCAGGCCACAAAAGAACUCAGAAAAACUGUCAAAGGCAUGCUGAAAGAAAGCAACAAUAGAAAUAAUCUUAUCUUAUGGGAUGUGUAUGCGAGUCUGGAAUGGCAACUGGGUAACAUAGAAGAAGCUGUUAGGAUAUAUGACACUGCCAUUGCUAUGAACUCACAGAACUAUGUGAAUUUGCCUGAGGAUAAGAAGACUGGAGUGUGUAGGCUUUAUAGAAAUUAUGCUCAAUUGACUCUAGGGCUGUGCAAUGAGGAUGGUGGACAGUCGGAAAAUGGUGCUAAAAUUUGUGACAUCUCCCAUGAAAGGAAAACUAAAGCACUUCAUAUACUAUCAUGCCUUGGUGAUGAUGGGAAAUAUGAAAUAAUCAAACCAAUGGCUGAUGUACCAGGAACCAAACUAUUAAAAGCUAGAAAAAAUUACCAAGUGAUGAUGGAAAGCACACUGGAUGCAUACUUCAAUGUGGAAUCACAUGGGAUCUGCCCAGAGUGUGACAGCUUCCUGGCUGUAUGGACGGAGUGUUUUGCCUUAUUUCAAUACCUCACAGUCAGCAUGCAGGCUGCAUCGGUGGUAUUUGGACAAGUGCUGUCUAAACUCAAGAAUAAACUGUCACCAUGUGACAGGGAAACAGAAGUGAAUGGUGUGUGCCCCUCCCCCUCACAGUUGCAGGUGGACCAGGAAGAAAUAAUGAGGGCAUUUGUGAGGCUUGUAUUUUAUCACCAACAUACGUCCAUUUUACCAAUGUCUUUUGCUAGAUCCACACUUCUCCUAGCCUUGAAGGACUACCCAGAACAUCCAUACUUCUUGCGCCUGUAUAUCCAGCUGGAGUCUCAGUCUCAUAUAUUGGGGAACUUGCGUAUGUACUUUAACAAGGCUGUCAAGACGUGCUCCACAUGUAUACCAUGGCUGAUGGCAAUACAUGCAGAGCUACUGAGACAACAGAAGAUAGAACAAGGAAUGAAUGUUGGACCCAGUGCAUUAGCAGGUGCUCCAGGUUGGGUUAGUGCAUCCAUUCCACAGACUGGCAUUACACACAAACUGCGCUCAAUGUUUGAGAGAGCUGUGGAAAGCACAUCUGGACAAAACUGUAUCUUGUUAUGGAGAUUAUAUUUGAGAUUUGAGGUGUCCACAGAGGAUGUUCACAGGUCAGAAGGAGUGUUCUACAGAGCACUGCAGGAUUGCCCAUGGGCUAAAAGUAUAUACAUGGAUGGCAUUCAGUACUUUCCAGACAGACUACAAGAGAUAACAGAUCUUAUGGCGGAGAAAGAAAUCAGAGUCCGCGCCCCACUGGAGGAGGUCGACCUCCUCAUUGGUCACGAAGCCAGUAAACAAGAUGACAAUGACAGUGAUUGUGGAAAUGAUUAAUCUCAGGAACACUUGUGAAACAAACUAUUUUCUCAUAGAAUAAAGAUGCAUGUUUAUACUACUUACAAGAAUGUAUUUGUUUUGUGUCUUACAUUUGAGCAAGGUUGGUCAAUACCAUUGACUGGUAACAUCUGUACAUGUAGGUUUUACAGAUUACCUACUAAUUAUCGAGCAAUUGUUUACAAAAAAGAAAAAAAUUGGGAAUAAUAGUCACCAAGGCACUGGAAAAAAAAAAGACUUUUUGGAGAUUUUGGUGUUUUUCAUGACACCAACACAAAAGUUCAAUAUGUAAUUGCGUUAUAUAUCAUUAUAUACAGAACACUAUAUUCUCAGAAUACAGUUGUUAAGCAAAGCAUAACUUGUGUUCCUUGAUUCUAACAAUUAAAUUUAUUUGAAAUAAUAUAGAUAUUACUUAUAACUUAUAACCAUACAGUUAGAUAGCAUCUACUUAUUCCAUCCAUUCAAUAUUAUACAUUUACUAAAUAAUAUAAAUAAUUGUUGAAAAUAAUAAAAGUGAAAAAAUCUGAUAAUACUAGAUCAAGUUUGCACUUGAAAAGUGCAGUCUGAAAUCAGCAAGGAUCCAAAACAUAAAAAAAAAAAAAA